CCUUUGCAUAUCUUUACGGUUUUCACAUUAUUCUUUUUCUUUCUUUAAAAAUUACCAUCUUGAGUUUAAAAGUCCAUGCCUAAUAUUUUCUUAGCACAAUAGUGAUGAGCAUAUUUUAAGUUAUUGAGCAAUUAACCAGAACAUUAUAUUUAUAUACAGUGCAUGUACCACAACAAUGUAGAAAAGAUGGAACACCAUCUAUUUUUAAGACUGACUUGAAAACCACAAAAUUGUUCAGUUAACCAAAUGUACUGGAAAUAAUUUCCUGUUUCUUUACUCAUCUGACUUACUAGCCUUGACAUGCUUUGAAAAUUAGUGGGGAGAUUGCAUUCUUUCUCAAAAUGUAUGUUGACUUUGGUAUGCAUUGUUUGUCCCCAAACUUCUACUACUCUUUCUUUGGGGAAAGCUGUGGUAGAAGCAAAUUCCUGUGGUUCGUGGCGUUCAAAAUAUUAGGAAUCAGGAUGCAUUAACCCAGGUUUUUCCCCUCUUUAUGUAAGUGUUUAUGAUUAAUUGAAGUGCCAACAAGAAAACUGUCAUUCUUCUAAAAAAAGUUUUAAUACCAUAGGUGAACAGUUUCUACACUUCUGAAAAAUUUAUUUAAGAUAAUUUUGAUAAUGUAGUAAUAAUCAGUAUGAUUCUAAGGCAGACACCCUUUUCAGUUCAGUUCAGCAAACGAAUGAAUGCAGAAGGCACAGAAAAUACUGUGCUAAGGAAUUAAAGGUACAUACGUAGCUGAAGGGUACAUGGCCCUUGUCUUUAGAAGGUGAACAGUGUAAUUGGCAAAGCAGACUCCUCCUAGGAACCUAGAACAAGGCAUUCAAUAAUCAGUGCUUCAUUAGAUGUAUAAAUGAAAUAAUAUGGGAAUACAGCAAGGGAGGAGUAUUUGCUUGAGGAAAUGGGGAAAAACUCUGUUAAGAGAGUGAUAUUUGAACUGUACAUAUAUGGUAUUUGGAAAGUUUCCAACGUGAUAUUCCUGCAGAGUAAACACCAUUCGCUGAGAAGUAUGGCACGUUUGUGGGAUGUGAAGUUAUUUGGCUGCUAUCCCUGACAUUGGUUAAUUAGGUUAAUAGAAAGAGAUCAGUGUGAAAGUGUUGACUGCCUCAAACUUAAAAGAGACCUGGGAACCUUUAACAAGAGUUUGGACUUUAUUUUUUAUCAAAUAGGAACCUGUUACAUUUUUGAACUAUAAUCUAUAUAUUAAAAGAUAAUUGGCAAGAAUUCAUGAAGGAGAAUAAAAUAGAGACAGAGUCUUUUCUUAGGAAGUUGUUAAAAUACUUCAGACCAAAGCAAGGUGUAAGUUUCAAAUCUCAUUUACAUUCUUGUAUAUUAUGGUAUAAACAUAUAAAGUACUAUGUGUCAUUCCUCAUUGAAUCCUAUUAAGAUACCAGAGAUAUGAGAAUAUACACAAUAUAUACUUUAGUUAAGGUUCUUCUGUACAAAUAACGUAAACUAGUUCUGGCUGGCUUAAGCAAAAAGAAAUUUAUUGGCUGCCAGAGGAUCCCAUGGAAUCAAAAACAGAAGUGAAUAAUAAAAGCUUCAGAACAGCAGGAGGUUGGAGGUCCUGAGAAAACCUGCAGGAGUCAGUGGAAAUUCUUUCCAGGGAUCUCCUCCUGGAUUCUCAGUUUAGCACAAACUAUGUCUUCAGCAGUAGUACAAUUAUAUGCAGCAGAUCGAAACUGUAUGUGGUCAAAAAAGUGCAGUGGCGUUGCCUGUCUGGUUAAGGACAAUCCACAGAGAUCUUAUUUUUUAAGAAUAUUUGACAUUAAGGAUGGGAAACUAUUGUGGGAACAAGAGCUAUACAAUAACUUUGUAUAUAAUAGUCCUAGAGGAUAUUUUCAUACCUUUGCUGGAGAUACUUGUCAGGUUGCUCUUAAUUUUGCCAAUGAAGAAGAAGCAAAAAAAUUCCGAAAAGCAGUUACGGACUUGUUGGGCCGGCGACAAAGGAAAUCUGAAAAAAGACGAGAUCCCCCAAAUGGUCCUAAUCUACCCAUGGCUACAGUUGACAUAAAAAACCCAGAAAUCACAACAAAUAGAUUUUAUGGUCCACAAGUUAACAACAUCUCUCAUACCAAAGAAAAGAAAAAAGGAAAAGCAAAAAAAAAGAGAUUAACCAAGGCAGAUAUCGGGACACCAAGCAAUUUUCAGCACAUUGGUCAUGUUGGUUGGGAUCCAAACACAGGCUUUGAUCUGAAUAAUUUGGAUCCAGAGUUGAAGAAUCUUUUUGAUAUGUGUGGAAUCUCAGAGGCACAACUUAAAGACAAGGAAACAUCAAAAGCUAUAUAUGACUUUAUUGAAAAAACAGGAGGUGUUGAAGCUAUUAAAAAUGAACUACGAAGGCAAGCACCACCACCUCCUCCACCACCAUCACGGGGAGGGCCUCCUCCUCCUCCUCCUCCCCCCCCUCCACAUAGCUCAGGCCCUCCUCCUCCUCCUGCCAGAGGAAGAGGCGCUCCACCACCACCACCACCUUCAAGGGCUCCCACAGCUGCACCUCCACCACCCCCUCCUUCUAGGCCUGGUGUAGGAGUCCCUCCACCACCACCAAAUAGGAUGUACCCUCCUCCGCCUCCAGCCCUUCCCUCCUCAGCACCUUCAGGGCCUCCACCCCCACCUCCACCUCUAUCAGUGGCAGGGUCAGUGGCACCGCCUCCACCACCUCCGCCUCCGCCUCCACCUGGGCCUCCACCACCUCCUGGUCUCCCCUCCGAUGGAGACCAUCAAGUUCCAACUCCUGCGGGAAGCAAAGCAGCUCUUUUAGAUCAAAUUAGAGAGGGUGCUCAGCUAAAAAAAGUGGAACAGAACAGUCGACCAGUGUCCUGCUCUGGACGGGAUGCACUUUUAGACCAGAUACGACAGGGUAUUCAACUAAAAUCAGUAUCUGAUGGCCAAGAGUCUACACCACCAACCCCGGCCCCCACUUCAGGAAUUGUGGGCGCGUUAAUGGAAGUGAUGCAGAAAAGGAGCAAAGCCAUUCAUUCUUCAGAUGAAGAUGAAGAUGAAGAUGAUGAUGAAGAUUUUGAGGACGAUGAUGAAUGGGAAGACUGAUCUAUAUAUUAUAUAUAUAUAUAUUUUUAAGGUGAAAUACUAAACACUACUUUCUGUCUAUGGAUUCUGUAAAAUUAUCAUGUAAAUGUUCUACCAAUUUGCUGUAUAUUUUUGUUGCCUUUUUUGCUUUUUUUUAUUAAUCUGUGCAAUACCUCAUUUAAUCUGUAAAGGUUUGUCAUAAUCCUCUACAAAGCUACUCCCUAUUAUUGUGUGCAAGUUUAUGCCACGAUGCUCACUUGACUUGUGAAUAUUUUUCAUUCCAUCAACAAGGGAGUUUAAAUAUUAUAUGUGAGACUGACAAAAACCUUAAUGUAAUUUAGUUAUAAUGCCAGAAGGAAAACACUAUUUUCAUACCCUACUUUUUCUGUACCUGAAUUUUCUUAUAAAAAUCUAGGAUAGCACUACAUUCUUUUUUAAGUGAUGCAAACCUUAGUUUCUUUAGCCCCUUCAUGUUGAGUACAAUGCUACCCAUGAUUGUUGAAGCUGAUAGAUUGCACAGUUCUCUAGACAUCACUACACUGAGGCAGUUUGUCAAAUUCAGCAGUAUGCUUACAUAAAAUCACUACAGAGAUACUAGUGGAGAAAAUCCGUGUAACACACCUCUCAAGCAAUAUUGCCUGUUAUGGGUGCAGCAGUGGUUUUGCAGGCUGACUCAUAAGGAACCCUAAUGCCUGUUCUUGACUGAGGUUAUGUUUAUGCUAUAGCAAAUGUGGCAGGCUCUUUUUGACAAAAAUUUUAAAAAUAUUUUUCAAUACUCUGAAACAGAAAAAUUAUUUAAGUUGGCAUUUGAGUGGGGUUGAGAAGUAGCUUCAUUCUAAAUGAACUGAAAGGAGUAUACAUUAAAGUUAUGCCAACAUUUGGUUAAAAAUGCUAUAUAAAUCAGAACAUACUAAAGUAGUGUAGAAUUUAAGUAUUUUUAUUUUACAGUUUGUAUGGCUUGAGGUUAAUCUAGUUGGCAAAGAAAUGCACUGUAAUGGUGAACCUAAGAUGCCAUAGUUUUUAUUUUGAUGAUUUCUCAAGGUUUUUAUCGAAUAUCACAUUUUGGUUACAUGUUUCUUAGAAGAUUGGUGGUCCCAAUGUCAAACUUCCUUAGAGUGCAUAACUGAAUGAUAGAUUUUUUUAAGAUAAAACUUGACAACCUGCACAUUUGCUAUUCAUACUAAACAAUGUGGUAAGAUUAGGGUUUCCUUGCCUUGCUACCAAACACUAAUCUGCUUAAAGGUGGUUGUUUCAUAUUUACAGUGCUAAUUAUCACACCUACCUACUUUAAACUUUAGGUAGAAAAUUAUCUGAUUUAAAUACAGACAUAUUUUUCUCACAUUGAGUCAUAUGCAGAAUGUAGUUCCAGAUGUAUUUCAUUACUCUAGUUACAGUAUCCAACUAAAAAUUAUGCUAUCUAGAAUUGUACCGACCAAAAUCUAGUAUUGGCAUGAUCUUGACAGGCUGGACCUGCAAGAUGUGGCUUGAAUUUUAACCAAUUAUCACAUAAUCUCUAGUGAUCAUACAUCUAGUUAUCAUAAGAAAUAAUUUAAAAGGUUUUGUUGCUGAAAGCAGUAAGUGGUGCAGUAAAAUAGUUAAGUUAUUCAAAGAAUGUUACCUUCCUUGCAAGAGUAAUUUAAGCACCUGAGAAAGAUUCUAGACUUUUUGUUUCUUGCAAAACAGUGCCCUCUGCUGCUAGAAACCUUUUUCUGCUUACUAUCAUUUCUACUGUGGCUUGGUGCGUCUGGUGUGGAUGAGGCUGAACAGCUAUUAACCAAUAAAAUUAGGAAUUGGUGAAAAUGAUAAAUGGAACAUUAUAAUUAUUUUAAAUAAUUUUUAGCAUUUUCCUUUUGACAUUGUAAAAAAUAUUUAAAUUUCCUAGAGAUGUCUCCAAGGUAAUGCCAAUUUAAGAUUUCUCUUAACUUUUGGCCAAGGAAUUCAGGAUUUUCCAGCUAACUUUGGUAUAUAAAUAUUUAUCUGCUACUCUCUGAGAAGAGAAUAUAAAUUCUUUGAACAAUUUUAAACGUGUAGGAUGAGUACAUAAUUGCCAAAGGUAAUUAUUGCAUUUAUUGUUUUUUCUUAAAGGAAAAAUACUUUUUGUUGUUGUUAUGCAAAGUCUAAAUUAUUAUUUGUUGAAACACAGCAGCUGUGGAGUUCAGUCCAGGCAGGAAGACUGAAUCCACUUUACUAAGUAAGAUAAAAGAUCGCAUGUAUCAGUCCUCCACCAUCUUCCACCGUGGGCAGCACUUACCUGUGCAUUGUCUGGAAGCCUCCCGCAUAUGCUCCAGCUAAAUGAUUGUCUGGUAGGCUUCGCGUUUAACAAACUAGCAUGAAGCUUUUUAUAUCUAAAUGCUACUUGAUAGACAAUUUCAGCUAGCCACAUACUGUAUGUAUGAAAUUCAUAAAGACUUUCAAUCAUUUCAUUUUCAAACAACUGAAAUUUUGUUUAGUAUGUGAAUUUUUUUUUGAAAUGUAUAGUGAAUAGGAUGUUGCACUGGUGGCAAUUCAUCUUGGAGCAUAAUAAAAUUAAUUUGACCCAAAUAG